AGUAUUAUUGAUGUGGAAAAAUGGCAGCCACCCUGUCAUUUCGUUGGUUAGAUAUAUUGGAAAAGGAAUUUGACAAAGCCUUCGUAGAUUUAGAUUUACUUCUAGGGGAAAUCGAUCCAGAUCAAUGUGAACUCACGUAUGAUGGGAGGCAGAAGAUGACUGCACUCAGUGCUGCGUUUGCUCAACUUUGCCACAAAUCUCAGACCGUGUUCCAGUCCAACGCUAAAAUAGAGGCACAGCUAGUGGACAUGAGGGCAGACCUGGUAGAGAUGAGAUCAGCUAAAGAACAUGUAGAGAGAGAACUCCACAAUGUGCUGCUUCAACUACAUUCCACCCAGCUUCAGAUUCAGUCCCAGAAAGGAAUUGAAGUAGAUUCCACUACAAUCCAGAAAAAAGUGGAAGAAGAAAUGAAAGUUAAAACUGGGGGAGCCUCGAGCCUGGAGCGAGUGGAGGCGGAGGUGAAGGAGUUACGGAGUGAGAACGAGGAGCUGAGACAGUAUAUACUGGCUCUACAGGGAGAGGUGUACGGGGCCAGGCUAGCUGCCAAAUACCUAGACAAAGAACUAGCAGGAAGAAUACAACAGAUCCAGUUGUUGGGUCGUGACAUGCGAGGGGCGGAGCAUGACAAACUCUGGAAUCAGUUAGAAGCGGAAAUCCACCUCCAUCGACACAAAACUGUUAUACGUGCAUGUAGGGGGCGAACUAACCGAAAGAAAAAACUCCAGAUGCCAGAGGGGCAUGAUUUCCAGUCCCUGCGUAAACAACAUGGUCUGGGAGAGACAAGAAAAGUGACCAUCAAGAAAGGAGAAGAGGAGGGUCUAGGCCUGUCAAUCACAGGAGGAAAAGAACAUGGUGUUCCAAUUCUGAUCUCAGAAAUCCAUGAGGGUCAGCCAGCAGACAAAUGUGAUGCACUGUACGUAGGAGAUGCUAUCCUGUCUGUCAAUGGUAUAGACUUGCGGGAAUCCAAGCAUGCUGAGGCCGUCCAUGUACUGUCACAACAGCUGGGCGACAUAGAGCUGGAAGUGAUGUUUGUGGCGCCUGAUGAAGAUAGCGAUGAUGAACAGAGUCAGGUGGGGGAGGAUGAGAAUGGAUUCAGAUACAGGAUAUAUGAUGAAGAUGUUCUGAGCAGUAGUAGUGAGGCAGAAAUACGCAGACAUGUAGGUCAAAGGUCAGCUCUGCCCCCAAAUGUCAAUGGAACAGUGUCAUCGUCUGCUUCAGUCCCACACAGUCCUUCAAGAUUUGAACAAUCUAAAGAGAACCUAUCUGCUAGUCGUGUGAAGUCUGAGGGUAGAGUACCUGGUUCUCACAGUGUUGAUGUGGGGGUGAUACAAGCUAACGGUUUACAACAGACUAACUCUGUAGACCAGAACUCCAUGUUUAACAGUGAUUACACCUAGUCUAUAGUGUCAAUG